AUGAAUCCAAUGGAUAUGCCAGACAUGCCCGUGCAAGUCCCCGUGGACGAUCCCAAUGCCGACACGGAAUGGAACGAUAUUCUCCGCAGUAAAGGCAUUAUUCCCGAGAAACCGCCCUCACCUACACCUCUCAUCGAAGAAGCCCUCACCCAAGCUCGAGCUCUUGCGCAUGAGAAUCGUCUGGAAGACAAGGACCKUGACGAACUCGAUGCCCUCGAAGAAGAUGAGGAUGAAGCAUUCCUCGAUCAAUAUCGCCAKAAACGCAUGGCGGAAAUGGCCUCUCUCCAACAAGCCAGCGUUUUCAAUCAGGUCUACCCGCUUCAAAAGCCAGACUAUGCAAAAGAUGUCACAGAAGCGAGCAAAGAAGCCUGGGUACUGGUUCUGUUGACGAGCUCGUCUGGGGAGAACACGGAGAGCAGGUUGAUGAGUGGGAUCUGGAGGGAUCUGGCAGUUAAAUUUGGAGAUGUCAAAUUCUGUUCUAUGAGGGCCGACCUGUGUAUCGAGGGAUACCCCGACCGAAAUACGCCUACGGUGUUGGUCUACAACCAAGGGGAGAUCAGGCGGCAAAUUGUGACAUGCAAGGAAUUGAGGGGGAGUGCCACGGGUGUCGAAGAUAUGGAGCAGGUUUUGUUACAGGUCGGAGCCAUCAAGCACGGAGACUCGAGGUUGAAGAAAAGGGAAGAUGAUGAGAAUAUGGAGAGGGRGAAUAAGACUAUUCGACAGGGUGCCAGGAAGGCGGCAGUGGAUGAUGAUGACAGCGAUUGGGAUUGA